AUGAGUACAUGUGAAUUUUAUAAUAAUUUAAUAAUAUCAUCUAUCUUUCCUUUUAAUACUAACAAACAACCAACUAGAUCAAAAACUCAACGUCAUCGUUUUCUCGAUGGUCUUGCUUUAUUACUUAAUGAUUCAAAUCAAUGUACAUCAGUUUAUCCAUUGUUGAAAGAAAAAAAAAUAUUAAUAACACGUAAUGAAUUAUUAAAAGAUAAUGACAAAAUCUAUUUUGAUAAAUUUUUUGAAUUAAUAAGAGAAUAUUCACAAUAUUGUUUAAUAUCAAAUGAACAUGAAAUGAACAAAAUGUAUUCAUUAUUAAAAUCUAUUAUGUUUGAAUAUAACAAGAAUGAAUCUAUUAAACGUAUAACUGAUAAUUUGUUUAAUGAUGCUGUUUCAAAUCUUGAAAAAUUAUUAAAUGCUAAUGUUGAUGAUUUAUGUCAAAAAAUUACUUACAAUAAAUUGAAAAAAGGUUCACCCGAUUAUUAUUAUUUAAAAGAGAAAAGCACAUCUUUAAAAGAAUAUAUUUUAAUAUUAUUUAAUUGGAUCAACUAUAUUACUUCAAAUCGACAUGUAAUUCAAAACAAUAAAAAUGAUGUUGAACUAGAAAUUAUUUCGGAAUUUCAAGUAACUGCUGAAUUAUUAUAUAAUUCUGAAAUAUUUCGUUCUAUACUAUCAAAAGUAUAUUCAAUUGGUAAUGAUACUGAACAUAUUCUAUAUUAUUUAGAUAAAGUAUCGGCACAUCGGCGAUCAUUGAAUCUAAUAUUAAAAUGUUUAGAAAGACGAAAAACUGAAUAUGGUGAAAUAUAUAAAAAUAUUCAAUGGUCUUUUAUUGAACCUAUUAAAACAAUUAUUGAAUUAAAGGAAAGACCAUCAUCUUCAUUUGAUAAAAUUUGGUUCGCAUGUGGUUUAACAAAUGAUGAAACAAAAAAAGAAUUUCAAGAUAAAUUUAUUCAAGAUAAAUUUAAUUCAUAUGAUUCAAAUUUAAAAUUAUCAACAUAUUUACAUAGUGAAAUUCGAAUGAUAGAUUAUUUAAUUGAACAAAAUAUAAAAGAAGUUCAUGAUAAAGAUGUAGAAAUUGGAAUAUCGAAAUCACCAUGUUAUUUAUGUUUAUUAUAUAUUGAAGAAUUAAAUUAUGAUUUCAAUAGAACGUUUUAUGUUGGUUCUUUUAGAACUGAUAGGAAAAUUUAUCCAAAUUGGAUGUUUAGAAAGAAUGAAAAAGAUAAAAUAAUAGAUUAUAUUAAUAAUCAAUUAUGUGGAUUUAUUAAAAAUGAAGUACAACAAUUGGAAUUAAGAAUAAGAAAUAAAAUUGGGGAUAGUAAUAUGCAAGAAACAGAAAUAGAUGAAGACGAUCUUGAUAAUCGUUUCUUCCAUUUAAACAUGAACGACAAGAAAAAUCGAUAA